GAUUUCUUCAACUUAAGCAACCGGGAAGUACAACAUGGCGAUUAAAUAUAUGUAUAUUAUGUGCAUAUAAAACGGUUGGUUGAUGACUGUAAAAACGGGUUAUCGCGAAAGGCCACUUGACCCGAUCAGUUUCAGUCAGCUUGUUGCAGCGGAUCUCAUAUAAGGGCACCUAGUUUGAGAGAAAAAAAUAAUAAUCGAGCAACUGUUUUAUUAUUGUGCUUUCUUUGCAAUCCGACCAUGUUGUUCAGAGUAACGGUACCAUUGUUGGUUUUAUUUUCUGUGCUUUUUAAUGUGGGAUAUGGAGGACGAUUUCGGAGACAAGGGAAUUUUAUUUGGGGUACGGACGAUUUUGAACCUUCCGCCGCAAGACCUGCAGUACCAUCAGCUACCAAUUUCGGACAAGAACAACAACAACAACAACAACAAUCCAGUGCAUUUGCCGAUUGUACACGAAAUUGUCAAACCACGUCUCAGUACGAUCCAGUUUGUGGAUCAGACCGGGAGACGUAUAGCAACCCCGAAAGACUGGCCUGUGCAAGAAAAUGCGGAAAAAUUGUACAACAGGAGUUUAGGGGUUCUUGUGCUCCCCUUUGAUUUAAUCGUUCCAUGGACAUUGUCAACUAUCAAUAUGACUUACUGCAAAUUUAUUUGAAAUGCAGUUUUACUGUUGGGUUGUUUAAAAUAAAUUUUAUGUUUUA